AGAUUUGUGGGUACAGAAAGGACACAUCGGAACAUUCAAAAUGACCAGAAAUUUGUUCCCAAUAUCUAUUUAUACAUUCAUUAUCCAUACCAAAACAAAAUCUUUUUGAAAAUAAAUUAAUUCCAAUGUUCAGCUCACCUUCAAGAGUAGGAUCUGUUUCAUGCGUAGUUGAUGUGGGUUGCUCCCAUUCUUCAUUACUAUUUCCUCUUACUAUAAAGCAGCACUCCAUUUCUUUAAAAAGAUUUUGCCAACGAGUUUCUCAUCUCCAACCAACCAAAGCCAUCACCCCAACCACCACCACCCCAAUUCUCAACGACUCUGAAUCUGAUGCUUCCAUUAGACAAUCUCGGAGUUCUGCUGAUUGGAAAGCGGCAAGGGCUUAUAAGGAUAGUGGUUUUGUGUAUGAGGGAAGGGUUGAAGGGUUAAAUGGUGGAGGUUUGCUUGUUCGCUUCUUUUCUCUUGUGGGUUUUCUUCCCUUCCCUCAGUUGAGCCCUUCUCAUUCAUGUGAAGAGCCACACAAAACUAUCCAUGAGGUUGCUAAAGGCUUGACUGGUUCACUUAUAUCUGUUAAGGUCAUCCAAGCAGAUGAGGAGAACAAGAAAUUGAUUUUCUCUGAAAAGGAAGCAGUUUGGACAAAGUAUUCUCAAAGAGUUAAUGUAGAUGAUAUUUUUACAGGAAGGGUGGGUUCUGUUGAGGAUUAUGGUGCUUUCAUUCACUUACGUUUUCCUGAUGGUCUCUAUCAUUUAACUGGACUAGUACAUGUCUCAGAGGUUUCUUGGGAUCUAGUUCAAGACAUCAGAGACAUCCUUAUUGAAGGUGAUGAAGUGAGGGUCAAAGUUAUAAAGAUCGAUUGGGAGAAGUCAAGGAUCACUCUGUCAAUCAAACAGUUGGAAGAAGAUCCACUUCUAGAAACUCUUGACAAAGUAAUUCCACAGGAUACAUCAGUUAACCCUGAUUCUUUGAACGUGAGCUAUAGCAAUUCCAUUGAGCCUCUUCCAGGUCUUGGAGCAAUAUUUGAAGAGCUUCUACGGGAACACGGGUAUUGAUUUACUAUUGCUUGGCUCAAGUUCUGUUCAGGAUUUGGAGAUUUCAUGGGAAAAAUAUAAACCUACAUAUCUGUCUAGCUUUUUAUUUUGUUGAUUUUCAGUGAAAUAAUUACUUCAUUCAUUCCAUUACCGACUUUACCGUCACAGUUCAUU